AUGGAGGACAAUGGCGAGCAACGAGCAAUGGAAAAAUUAGAAACCGAAUGGAAAGAUUAUGUAACCGCUCUCGGAAAACAUUACGAUCAAAAGGAAAACAAUUUUAGAAUGGCAAUAUUUGAAAGCAACGAAUUAAUGACGGAAAAGAUAAAUAAAAAAUAUGAACAAGGCUUAGUUUCUUAUACAACGGCCCUCAAUGACUUGGCUGAUUUGACCGAUGAAGAAUUUAUGGUGAUGAAUGGACUUCGACUGCCCAAUCAAACUGAUCUUCGUGGGAAAAGGCAGGCUAAUAGGUUUUAUAGGUAUGACCCAAGGGAACGGUUGCCAGAUCUAGUUGAUUGGAGAACGAGAGGUGCCGUUACACCCGUCAGAAAUCAAGGUGAGUGCGGUAGUUGCUAUGCAUUCGCUACAGCUGCAGCACUGGAAGCUUAUCAUAAGCAGAUGACUGGAAGACUUCUUGAUUUAUCCCCUCAAAACAUUGUUGACUGCACGCGGAACCUCGGUAACAAUGGUUGUAGCGGAGGCUAUAUGCCCACGGCAUUCCAAUAUGCAUCAAGAUAUGGAAUUGCAAUGGAAUCGAGAUAUCCGUACGUUGGAACUGAACAAAGAUGCAGAUGGCAACAAAGCAUCGCUGUUGUUACAGACAAUGGUUUUAAUGAAAUACAGCCGGGUGACGAAUUAGCACUUAAGCAUGCCGUAGCCAAACGUGGACCCGUCGUUGUUGGAAUUUCCGGAUCGAAACGCUCGUUCAGAUUUUAUAAAGACGGUGUUUACUCUGAAGGAAACUGCGGUCGUCCUGAUCACGCAGUACUGGCGGUUGGUUACGGAACGCAUCCUUCUUAUGGGGAUUACUGGAUUGUUAAAAACAGUUGGGGUACCGAUUGGGGAAAAGAUGGGUAUGUUUAUAUGGCACGAAACAGAGGAAACAUGUGCCAUAUCGCUAGCGCUGCUUCAUUUCCGAUUUGA